UCUGCAUCUAAUGUUUUCAUUAGGAAACUGGGUGCAGCCGAGGGAAGAGGAGAGACAGAGAGACUUUCAAUACGUUUUUGGGCACUGAAUACACUGACUGUACUCCAGGUUUCCUCUCCUACGCCAUGACCCGCCCCUACACCGUCUCACUUGGACUCCUGCUCCUCCUCAUUGGCUACGCAGCGGCAGGACCCGAGUCUGCGCUCCAACCCAGAGAUGUCCGGUCGAGUGCCUGUCAGGACCACAGUACUCUUCAUGACAGACUGGAUGUAGUGGAGAAGCAUGUAGAGGACACCGUACAAAAGCUGGAGGCUGAGCUGGCCAUGCUGCUGGAUGCCAUAGAAGCCCCUGAGUGGAGUCCCCUGCUGGAAAAUGUUGGAAAACCUGUGGUGGACAUCCUGGACGGCCAGGGACUGGGAGAGAAUGGCGACUCCUGAGAGAGGAAGAGGAGAAGAUCUCUGUUGAGCAGCUACCAAUUCUAAUUCACUUUAGCUUUAGGAAGUGAUGAGGGUGCACCUGGCUAGGUCAAACAAUGAAAGACUAAUGUACAGUCUCUGCUGUUUUGCUGAAGUUGUAUUUUGUAAGUGGACGGUAAAAAAAACGGUAUAAAACAAGCCUUCUAAAGUGUAAACACAGGCUUAGUAUAUAUUCUGUGGUACAGUUGCUAGAUCACAACACUAAAGCUUAUUUGUCCCUGUAAUACACUGCUCUGUUCCUCGGGCACUCAUCCUUUCUCUCGUCUUUGGCUGAACUUGAAUCCCUACACCCAGGGGUAACUGUGUCCCCAGCCUCUCCGGAUGUUUACAUCAAAGUCGUAAACCAUU